GUGGGAACUACCAAUGGAUUAUAUCGACUGAGUUUGUCAUCUUUGGAACUGUUCAAACCUUUGGAACUUUACAACAAUGGAGGUUUAUGUCAAACAGCGUUGGAAACUCAGGCGGUAGUGAAUGUCAAUGAUCCAGCAGCAGCAGCAGCAGCAGCAGAGAGAGAGUGUGUGUGAGUGAGUGUGUGAGAGCGACUCUCUCAGCAUCAUCAUGGCGGAGCAGAGCGACUCCCCGGCGGCCGUCCAAACCCCGCAGCCCUCGCUCAGCACCAGCUGGCCCAUCGUGAAGGAGGCGUACGAGCUCCAGGAGGUCAUCGGUAGCGGAGCCACAGCAGUCGUCCAGGCAGCUCUUUGUAACCCACGACAGGAGCGUGUGGCCAUCAAGAGAAUCAACCUGGAGAAAUGCCAGACCAGCAUGGAUGAGCUGUUGAAAGAGAUCCAAGCCAUGAGCCAGUGUAACCAUCCAAACGUGGUCACAUACUACACUUCAUUCGUUGUGAAAGAUGAACUUUGGCUCGUCAUGAAACUCCUGAGUGGAGGAUCAGUGUUAGACAUCAUUAAGCACACGUUCAUCAAAGGAGAGCAUAAAAACGGUGUCCUAGAUGAAUCCACAAUAGCAACCAUUUUGAAGGAAGUACUGGAGGGAUUAGAUUAUCUCCACAAAAAUGGGCAGAUUCACAGGGACGUGAAGGCUGGUAAUAUUCUACUGGGAGAAGAUGGAUCGGUGCAGAUCGCAGAUUUCGGUGUGAGUGCUUUUCUGUCCACCGGUGGAGACGUCACUAGACACAAAGUGAGGAAGACGUUUGUUGGGACCCCGUGCUGGAUGGCCCCGGAGGUGAUGGAGCAGGUACGGGGUUACGACUUCAAAGCUGACAUUUGGAGUUUCGGAAUCACUGCCAUUGAACUUGCAACAGGCUCUGCGCCGUAUCAUCGGUACCCCCCUAUGAAGGUUUUAAUGCUCACGCUGCAGAACGAUCCUCCAACCCUGGAGACUGGGGUUGAGGACAAAGAGAUGCUUAAGAAGUAUGGGAAAUCUUUUCGAAAACUUAUAUCCUUGUGCCUUCAGAAGGACCCUGCAAAGAGGCCCACUGCAGCCGAGCUUUUGAAAUGUAAAUUUUUCCAAAAGGCUAAGAAUCGAGAGUACUUGAAUGAAAAGCUGCUUACUAAAGGACCAAAUAUAAGCCAAAGAGCCAAAAAGGAUCCAGAGCCGAGGAAGCAGAACACAGAGCAGGAUUCUGGGAGACGGGUCAGAAGGGUCCCGGGGUCGAGCGGUCACCUGCACAAGACCGAGGAUGGAGACUGGGAAUGGAGUGAUGAUGAAAUGGACGAGAGAAGUGAAGAGGGGAAGGCUGCCGUCAAUCAUGGAAGGUCACGCAGGGUCAAAGAGGAAAACCAGCAUGGAGAAGUGAAUGCUAACAGUCUCCCGCUAGAGGACCUGUCCAUUCAGCAUCCCCAGGUUCAACCGUUGGAUAAACCCUGGAGUGGUCAGGGAGCGGUCAACAUGGUCCUGAGGUUAAGGAACUCAAGGAAGGAGCUGAAUGACAUACGGUUUGAAUUCACUCCAGGGCAAGACACUGCUGAUGGAGUUUCUCAGGAGCUCUUUUCUGCUGGUCUGGUCAAUGGUCAUGAUGUUGUAGUGGUGGCUGCUAACCUUCAGAAGAUUGUAGAAGACCCUGUUACCUAUAAAGUGUUGACCUUUAAGCUGGCGUCUGGUUGUGACAGCACAGAGAUCCCAGAUGAGGUGAAGUUGAUUGGCUUUGCCCAGCUGAGCAUCACCUGAUAGCAUCUCAUUCCCACAGCAGAGGGAGUUUGUGGGACGAGACUGAACGCUGCAGGAGACGACGGGACGGGGUUCACUACCACACACCGCUGCAAACUCACACUUCCUGUUCCUGUUCCUCCCCAUUCACCUGCCCUCGCCCUCGAAUGUUUGCACUCGUUCAAUCAAACGCAGCGCUCUUAUUCAAACACACGUCCUCU